AUGACACAAAUUGAACGUGUCGAUCAACAUAAUGAACGUCCAAUUGCUAAUAAAUUAGAGCAAGAUUUCAGUAAACUUUUAUCCCUUGGUAAACUCGAAGCUCCCAGUUUAUAUAUUCCCGGAUACACACCAAUAAAAAGAAAAACUACAUUAGGACAUCGACAAUGUGGCGUACGCGAUUCAGAUGAUGAAAUUUCAGCUUCGCCUAUGGUGCUAUACUGGUUACAAGUACGCAAGAUGAAAAUUUUCCAAAGGAGGUUUUAUCCUCAAGUACGCAAGCAAGAACUGGCACUAUCGCCGACGAAGAAAAAAAAAUCUUACUGCGUAAUCGCGAUUAUGCAGCAAUCUACAUUUCAUUGAAUGGAGAGCGUAAUUAAAUGUGUCAAUGCGCAUGUAAACCAACUGACAUCUAUUAUCGACAAUGUUAACGCGCGAUAUUUGAUUAAGGAGAGUUGCUUCUGACUAAUUCCUACAUCGA